UGUCUGCGAUGUAAGAAACUGCCGCUGCUCGAUAAACCGAAGAUGUCAGCUUCACCGCGAGAGAUGGGGAAGCUGUGAAUGUUUUGUAUUCCACCGGUAUCAAACCUGUGUUUUAUCACUGACACUGGUACAGCGGAUACACCGGGGGGAACACCGAGGGACAGUGUUUGUGUUGUCUGGGUCGCUGUUGCGAAGCUAAUGCUAACCGGAGCCUCAGUUUCCACAGAGACAGCUGACAGUUCAAACAACUGAGCAGGAUGACGGGAAGAGCCAAUAGACUCUGCUCUCUACCCUCAGGCCAGGAACCUUGAUGUGAGAGUCACAUUACAUCCCUGAGGUAGUGAAGAAGAACCAACUUCUGGCUCAUAAACUAAUGACGGCAAGACUACUUGACACAGCCUCGGCCUUAUGUCAAACUCUGAGUGUGACUGUCAGAGUGGGAACCACUUUUACUCAGGAUAAAAAAUCAAAACUUAUGUGCCUGCCUGUCAGAGCUGCACGAGUCGGCUCAUAACUGCUUUGGAGUCCAGCUGAGCUGCCGUCACUGCAUCUGUGGUGGCAGUUAUGUGUGCUGUUGGUCAGGAUUUAUCAAGAACUUGUAGUCCAUCUACAGCUACCAACAGAAAAUGUAAAACUCCAUUCAGCUGGAGCUGACACCUGAGAAGUGACUCACUGAAGAACCAGUCACUGGGUGAGGAGCAUCCAGGAGAGCUUAUCCACCUCAUACUCAUUUAGUAUAAACUUGACUGUUAUUUCCCACCCAGGACUCUAACCCGGAAAACUCAGCCCUUCAGGAAUAACCACAUCUUUGUUGGGCGGUGCCAUGCCGACCAAUCAGUCCUCCCCCUGGGGUGGGGGAAAGCUACGUGCUUGCUCUAAUGCAGACAGUUCCACCACUACAACCCUUGCCAAGAAAGUUGUGGCCAGUAAGGUGCCUUUUGGUCAGACCUCUCUCGAGCUCUCCAGACGAAAAGACCAAGCCAAACCUUCAUCUUCUCAUUUUGCCUCUUCUGCAUCCCAUCUGAGACAGACAUCAGCUGCCCACUCUGAGAACGGGGACAGAUGUAAAACCAACACCCAGAGCCAAUUCACCGCUGUGCCACCCCGGUCUCCAACCAUGCCACAAUUACUUAAUGGUAUACAGAUUCCCAGCCAGGUACUGGGUGCAGGACAAAAGCAGGUUCCCAGUAGCCUCACAGGGACCAAUGCUUCCUCCUCCAUCUAUAAGCAAGACUGGCAGGUUGGAUUUAACGGUCAGCUGUUGGAUGCUAUACAGAAAUGUACAUCGCUCCAAACCUCUCCACAUGAAAAUGGCGUAUCGAUGAACCAACAUCAGGCUGCAUCCAUUGAUGCACCGCUGCAAUCUGAGCCACUUUUGUCCGUUUGCCAUCAAGAUCUGUUCAUAAGAGGACAGUCUAUUCUGCAAACAAACAAGUCCAUGCUUGAGGCUGAAGACUGUUCGUCUUCACCAUCAGUGCCUCCUCUAUGCCUUGCUCUAUGUGAACAUCAGGGGGCAACAUUGGAAAACGAUGCCUCCAACCUUGUUAAAACAACUUUAGAAAUGAGAACCACAACAAGAGAAAUGACGACAGGAAGAUGCCAUUCUGCAAAACUGCCAACAAAACCCAGCCCGACACGAAACGGUUGCACAAUAAUUGACACAAACAAUCAAUUGCAUGUAAGCGGAAGUUCUCCUGCAGGUUUGUUAGCAGCAACAAGCCGUAAGCCUCAAUCUUUUGCAUCACUGGAAGUUAAUAAACAGCCCCCAGAAAGCCAAUAUGCACCAGGAAGCUCCCUGACCUCAUGCAUAGGACACGGCCCUCCAGAGAUCAGAACCUCUCCAAAUGGCAUCAUGCCAACUGUGCUCAGUGCCAAUGUCUGUGCCAUGCAGGAGCAGCCACCCACUCUGGCGCACGUCACCCCAGCUGUGGCCUCUCCUGCAGGAACCUUGGUGGGUUCUAUGACCACUCAGAUCUCAGCAAUUUAUCUGACGAAGCAGGGACAGCCUGUCUCCAUGUCAUCUUCCUGUCCAUCCCCUUCUACCUCCUCGCCCUCGCCAACAGAGGAGUGUGUAGUAGGAGAGACUCACCUAUCAGGAAUGGAGUGUGUUAUGCAGGUGGAUGGAGUUGAGGAGGAGCUGGAAGAUGCCUGUAGUGACGACGAUGAUUCAGACUGUUCAUCCAUCACGGACACUUCUUCUACUGCGUCCAGUGGCCUCUCUUCUGGUAUUGAGGAGCCAAUGUCAUCGGGGGCGGAGGAUGUUCGAGAAGAGCGUCCAGCGCUGGUUCCCAGUCUGUUUUCCCUCAUCCCUUCGACACUUUACUUCAGCACCGCCAGUGAGAAAGUGGAAAUGCUGCCUGCGGAACAAAGACGACUGUUAAAAUGGAAGAUGAGCACCGUCACUCCGAAUGUGGUCAGGCAUAUCAUUGCCAGGUCUCACUUCAAAGUCACAAAGAAAAGCCAUGACUGGCUGGGCUGCUGGGGACACCACAUGAAGUCUCCUGGUUUCAAGGCCCUUGGAGAACACCAGAAAUUGAACCACUUCCCAGGAACCUUUCAGAUUGGCAGGAAGGACCGACUGUGGAGGAACCUCUCCAAGAUGAAGGGGCGCUUUGGGAAACAGGAGUUCAGCUUUUUCCCCCGCACCUUCAUUCUUCCCCAGGACAUCAAACAGCUCCGCAAGGCCUGGGAGGAUGGAGUCUCCCGGCAGAAAUGGAUCAUCAAACCUCCUGCAUCAGCCAGAGGAAUAGGUAUCCAGGUCAUCCACAAAUGGAGCCAGAUGCCCCGUAAGAGACCAUUACUAGUUCAGAAAUACCUUCACAAGCCCUACCUCAUCAGUGGCAACAAGUUUGACUUGAGGAUCUACGUCUACGUGACAUCCUACGACCCGCUCAGGAUUUACAUCUUCACCGACGGGCUGGUUCGAUUCGCCAGCUGCAAGUAUUCGUCUUCCAUGAAGACUCUGAGUAACAAGUUCAUGCACCUGACCAACUACAGCGUCAACAAGAAAAACUCUGAAUACCAGACGAACAGCGAUGACAAGGCCUGCCAGGGACACAAAUGGGCUUUGAAGGCCUUGUGGCAGUAUCUUGGCUCUAAGGGAGUCAACACCACUUUGAUUUGGGAGAAGAUUAAAGACAUCGUAAUCAAGACCAUCAUCGCGUCAGAACCGUAUGUCAUCAGCCUGCUGAAGUUGAACGUUAAGACGUCUUACAGCUGCCACGAGCUGUUUGGCUUCGACAUCAUGCUGGAUGAGAACCUCAAACCCUGGAUCCUUGAAGUUAACAUAUCACCCAGCCUCCACUCCAACACAGCACUGGAUGUUGCCAUCAAAGGUCAGAUGAUCAGAGAUCUCCUGAACCUGGCCGGCUUUCAUGUUCCACAAAAAGAGGUGGAUGCCCCCUGCAGCUCUGCCUCUAGCUCCACCAGCAGCCUUUGUGGAGGAUCGAGGGAGAGGACCAAACCUGACCUGUCCAAUGAUGAGAAGGUUAAACGGGCUUAUUACCUCACACAGCGCCACGCCGACCAGGACUUCUUCUCCACAGUGUUGGAUGUCUUGACUCCAGAGGACAUUCGUGUGCUGGCAGACAGUGAAGACGAGCUGAACCGCCGGGGAGAGUUUGAGCGAGUCUUCCCGAAACCGUCAUCGUCCCGCUACCUCCGCUUCUUCGAGAAUCCGAGAUACCUCAACAUCCUGCUGGAUCAGUGGGAACGGAAAUACUGGAGCAACAGGACAAAAGGGAUCAGUCUGCUGCAAACACUCUGUCAGAAAGGAGUCCAUCUGGGAACCACCAACCCUGCUCAUAUAUGGUCCAAGUGUAGCUACAUCUCCAGGAUUGAAGCUCAAAGACAAGACCUCAUCAGCCAAUCCAGGGUUGUGGUGAGCCAUCAUCACUGCUUAGAUUAUGAUGACAAUGAUGACGCUUCGGACAGGGAAGUCACUUGCGUCUCCAGUCUUCCUGUUUCGCCCAGUCCUGGAUCAAGUGUCACCAGCAGUGCCUGCACGAGCCCUCAGCCCAGUCCCACCCAGAGCCUGCUGCCACACCAGUUUGCCUCGCUCUGACCAUCCGGUUUGCCAACAUGACGCUCAGGGUCAUAUUUAGCCUCAUCCUUUUCCUCAGCACCCUUUUAAUUCACGUCUAAUAGCUCUUUAAAAGUGUCGCUCUAGAUGAGAAAUGUACUCAGAAGUUUGAAAAUCCAUUCUUAACAAACACUAGGAGGGAGUGAAUUUUGGUUUUGAACAGAAUUGAAGUGAAGUGUUACGGAACCAGAUACUAAUAUGAUUUGGGGAAAGAAGCAGCUUUUUAAAGUAUUUUAGUACUUAGGUCAUGAGUGUGGUAGUGUAUCCAUUCUAGUCUUAAAGUACUGAACAUCAGUGAAAAUAAAACACCUACAGAACCACA